CACGCGGCUCUCCAGGAUGAGAGCUCCGCAGCUUCUGCUCCCAGCCGGGGCGGCCGGUGCCAGCCUGGGCCUCUUGCUCCUGCUUUGCGUCUGUCUAGAGCUAGGCGUGCUGGCCAAGCAGCUGAAGUUUGUGACGGUGGUGUUCCGGCAUGGUGAUCGAAGUCCCAUCGAAACCUUCCCUAACGACCCCAUUAAGGAAUCUUCAUGGCCACAAGGAUUUGGCCAACUCACUCAGCGUGGCAUGCAGCAGCAUUACGAACUUGGAGGGUAUAUUAGAAGAAGAUACAGGAGGUUCUUGAACGAGUCCUACAGACAUGAACAGGCAAGUUGGGAAAUCUUGACCUUGAAGAAACUAAAACAGUCCCGCAGAUGACUUAUUGUCUGUGGGACUUACACAAGUCAGAGAUCUCAUUUGCAAAUGUCCCUCUCUUUAUACAACUAUACUGUUAUUAAAAUGUAUGAAUAUGAGCAGAUUCAAAGACAUCUGGGUAAUGACUUUGGUAAGUAGCCUCCUCUCGCUGGUUUCAUUUGUCAAUCCAAUCAUUGUCUGUGGGGUAACUUUGUACCAUGGUGUGCCCAUACUAUUAUUCAUCUCAUAACUGAUGUUAUUAUAAUGAUAUUACUGCAGUAUGUGCUAAUACUUAAUGUGGGUGUCUGCUUUCUCCUCUAGUACCCUGUCCACUCCACAGGCAAACAGAAGUCCUUACUGUUGGCUUCUGCUUUGGUUUUCACACUCCAGGUUUAUGUUCGAAGCACAGAUGUUGACCGGACUCUGAUGAGUGCUAUGACAAACCUCGCAGCCCUGUUUCCCCCGGAAGGUUCCAGCGUUUGGAAUCCCCACCUACCCUGGCAGCCCAUCCCGGUGCACACAGUCUCCUUGUCUGAAGAUCGGCUGCUGUACCUGCCUUUCAAAAACUGCCCUCGCCUUCAAGAGCUUCAGAGCGAGACUUUGAAGUCGGAGGAAUUCCAGAAGAGGCUGCAGCCUUACAAGAAUUUUAUAGACACUUUGUCAACACUGUCAGGAUUCCACGGCCAGGAACUUUUUGGAAUAUGGAGUAGAAUCUAUGACCCUUUGUUCUGUGAGAGUGUUCACAAUUUCACUUUACCCUCCUGGGCCACGAAAGAAGUCAUGACCAAGUUGAGAGAAUUGUCAGAAUUGUCCCUGCUGUCCCUCUAUGGAAUUCACAAGCAGAAGGAGAAGUCUAGGCUCCAAGGAGGCGUCCUGCUCAGUGAAAUCCUCAAUCACAUGAAGAAUGCUGCUCACUCACCAAGCUACAAAAAACUCGUCAUGUAUUCUGCACACGAUACUACCGUGAGCGGCCUACAGAUGGCGCUGGAAGUCUACAACGGACGCCUUCCUCCCUACGCCGCCUGCCACUUCAUGGAGCUGCUCCAGGAGAAUGGGGAGUACUUCGUGGAGAUGUACUAUCGGAAUGAGACCCAGCACGAGCCUCAUCCUCUCACGCUGCCUGGCUGCACCCAGAGCUGCCCCCUGGAGAAAUUCGCUGAGCUGGUUGCCCCUGUGCUCCCCCAAGACUGGUCCUCAGAGUGCAUGAUCACAAACAGCCACCAAGCCCUCAAGGUCAUCCUGGCCAUUGCCUUUUGCGUGGUGUCUGGUGUCUUAGUGGUGCUGCUGUUUCUCCUCAUCCGCCACGGGCCCUGCUGGCAGAGAGAAUCCUAUAGCAACAUCUGAAGAGA